AUGUCGGAAUCCAACAUGAAGACCGACGCAGACAUCGUCUCAAUCACUACUCCUUCAGGCACACAUGUCGACCCAGAGGCAGCUCACAACUAUGUCAUCGAUCCUGCUGCUGAAGCAAAGCUCCUCCGCCGCGUGGAUCUUCGCGUCCUGCCAAUGAUAUUUGUUUUGUAUUUCUUCACCUUCCUUGAUCGAACGAACCUUGGCAAUGCAAAGGUUGCGGGAAUGGAAGCGGAUCUAGGGUUGGGUACCUACGGCUUCAAUAUCGGCGCCUGUUUGUACUACGGCAUCUACUUCUUUGCCGACAUCCCGGCCUCGCUGAGCGUCAAGAGAUUCGGCAACAUAGUGCUGCCUUUGAGCUGUAUAGCCUUUGGUGUCGUGACUCUCGCAACCGCUUUCAUUCACAAUGAAGCGAGCUUUUUCGCGAUUCGACUUCUUCUCGGAAUCACAGAAGCCUUUCAGUUCCCCGGGCUGUCAUAUGUCGUGUCACGAUACUACCGGCGCAAUGAGGUGACCACCCGAGUAUCAUUCUUCAUGCUUGGAGCCGCUGGACUAGCGUCGGCUUUUGGUGGUCUCUUGGCAUCCGGGUUGUUGUCUCUGGGACGAAUCGGCUCAUCCUACUCAUGGAGGAAUAUUUUCCUGGUCGAAGGUAUCAUCACCAUAGGUGUCGGCUUCUUAUCGCUGUACCUCUUUCCAGCCGACCCGUCAAAGACGCGCAUCUUCAACGAAGACGAGCGUGCUCUGGCGAUGGCGCGCAUCUUCCACGAUCAGCCCGCUAUCCGGGAACACAAAGAGCGCAUCAGCUGGAAGCUCAUCAAGCGUGGCAUCCUGAACGUCAAUGUCCUCGUGUGUACAUGGAUGUAUACCUGCAAUCAGGUUACUGUUCAAGGUCUCUCAAUUUUCACUGUCACAAUCCUGAGACUCAACUACCCUGACCGUUCUACCGUGGGUAUUCAAUUACUGUCAGUCCCGCCACCUUUGGUAGGUAUGGUCUUCGCGCUUUGCCUGGCAUACAUCACGAUGAAGACGCGAAAGCACGGCUAUGCAAUUGUUGGAUGCGCGACAUUGAAUGUCAUCGGGUACUCCAUUUGGCUGGCUUCGAAGAAUGUGCAGGCUCGCUACGCUGCCAUUUUCAUCAACACGGCGGGGGGAUACGGGUUUGGAGUCUUGGUGAUCAGCUGGUCGUUGGCCAACGCCGCUCCAGACACAGUGCGCAACGUCGCAAAUGCAGCGGUUUCUGGAAUAUCAAACAUUGGUUCCAUUGCGGCUACAUGGAGCUACAUUAACACGGAUGCCAAGACGGGAUACCGAACCGGCAACAGUCUGAACACGGCUACGGCGGCUUCAGUGAUCGUUGCAUCUCUGAGUCUGGUAGCUUACCAGACAUGGGAGAACAAAAGGCGCGAACGAGGCGACCGUGAUUAUCGACUACGGUUGCCAGAGGACGAGGUUGCUAUCCUGGGACAUCUUCAUCCCAACUUUAGGUAUAUCCAUUAG